GGAUGCAUUAAACUUGACUGUUUCAACAAGCAGGCUUCAGUGUUCAUUUGAAGUGGAUCCAAUUACAUCUUAUAAACUUCUCUGAAUUCACUGUUUACUGUAAAUCUGGUCCAGCAUGUCUUACUUAUCUGACAGCUCUGUUCUCAACAAGGCCCUGCGCCAGCAAUACCUCAGUUUACCUCAGGGAGACUUCUGUCAGGUCACUUAUAUCUGGAUCGACGGCUCUGGAGAGGGUCUGCGUAGCAAGACUCGAACCAUGGAUACUGAACCGAAGAGCAUAGUUGAUCUACCAGAAUGGAACUUCGAUGGUUCCAGUACAGGGCAGGCUGUAGGAUCCAACAGUGACAUGCUUCUGAUUCCAGUUAGCAUUUUCAGGGACCCCUUCCUUUUGGACCCUAACAAACUAGUCCUGUGUGAGGUGCUCAAGCACACCAGAGAAGCUGCAGAAUCUAACCAUCGUAACAACUGUAACAAGGUCAUGGAGAAGGUCAAAGAGGUCCACCCUUGGUUUGGCAUGGAGCAAGAGUAUACACUAUUUGGAGUGGAUGGACACCCUUUCGGCUGGCCUAGACUUGGUUACCCCAAGCCACAAGGGACAGAAUUCCUUCUGAAUCUGAAAUCUGACUCUCAUCUGUCAGGUCCAUAUUACUGCAGUGUUGGUGCUGACAGGGCCUUUGGCAGAGACAUUGUGGAGUGCCAUUAUAAAGCCUGUCUGUAUGCUGGCAUCAAAAUUUGUGGCACUAAUGCGGAGGUCAUGCCCUCUCAGUGGGAGUUCCAGGUGGGACCAUGUGAAGGUAUUGAGCUGGGAGAUCAUCUGUGGAUGGCCCGUUUCGUUCUAAACAGGGUGUGUGAAGACUUUGGGGUGGUGGCCACUUUAGAUCCAAAACCCAUGAAAGGAGAUUGGAAUGGAGCUGGUUGCCACGUCAAUGUGAGCACUGUGCACACCAGAGAGGAAGGAGGGAUUGGACAUAUCGAGAAAGCCAUCGAGAAACUGAGAAAGCGUCAUGCAGAGCAUAUUCGAGUCUACGACCCACAAAAUGGUGAGGAUAACAAGCGCCGCCUUACAGGUCUUCAUGAGACCCAAAGCAUCCAUGAAUUCUCCGCAGGUGUUGCUAACCGAGGGGCCAGCAUCCGCAUCCCCCGCCAGGUUGCUCAGGACAAAUGUGGUUACUUUGAGGAUCGCCGUCCUGCUGCCAACUGUGACCCAUAUGCCGUGACCUGCGCAAUCGCCCACACCUGCAUGCUGGAGGAGGAAGACGUCCAUGAAUUGGAAUAAUACAUUCUACACAGGGUUGUGAGGGUUACUGUUACAGAUUACUGAUUAUUUAACAAUAAAGGCAAUCAGAAACGUAAUCCAAUUACAGCAAUUUGAAAGUAAUGUAAUCAGAUUACUUUUCACUACUUUUUCAUUACCACAAGGGCACAUAUGUAAAUAAAGUCAAGAUAAAAUCAAUAUGAUCUCUAAAACAUUAAAUUAUGCCUUGAAUGCAAACAGAACAUGUUUGAUUAACAUCAUGAGUACUGUUGUAACUGUUAUCUAAGUUAAAGAAACAUGUACACUACCCUACCAAGAAAACAGAAAAUGAGCCGUUAAUGUAGAGCAACUCAGUAUUUUAAAGAAAUCAGUCUGCUACAGAAAAAUAACAUUUAUCAUAAAGCAAAUACAAUCAUAACAGAUGCACUGAAUUAUGUUUUGGUUAACAUUCAACUAAAUCUGACAGGAUAUCCUCAGAUUCAAAAACACUGCAAAGUGUAUUUCUACCAUGCUGCAGUUAGUGUGUACAGGCAAUUGUAAUUUGCACUAUUCAUUAACUUCAGACUGUUUUCAAUAGGUAGAUCACAUGUUAACAUCAUCAUCGUUAUUAUUGUCAUAAUUAAAUGCUGGACAGUGUCUUUCCUCUGCUUACUCAUGAUCCAAAGUCAAACAUCACCAGCUAACAGUUUAUUGCUGAUUUAUAUGUUUAUGUUUAAGGAGGAUUAAAAAAAGUUUUGAUUCCAAAAAGAAAACAAAAUCUAGUUUUAAAGAAUAGAUCUAAACAGAUUUAAACUUUGUGUGCCUUUUCAAUUACUUAUGCCUAAUUACUAUAAGUGUUGAAUAUGUUACAUUUACCUGUUCUCAAGUGUUCAUUAAAAUCAGAUAAA